AUGAAACCCAUAUCUAUCACGACAACCGCUGCCCUCAUCAUCUCAACGCAAGCUACAGCUAAACCAACAUCCUGUUCCACCGUCUCCCCAGUGACACUCACCUUCUACGGAUGGCCCGAUAACGACCCGCCUAGUGCGGAGAUAGCGUAUGAUUGUGGACGAGGCUAUGAAGCCGGAGGAAACGGGACAUACGACAAUCCUCUAACAGCUGCAAGUGCGCCGGGUGAAUUUGAUGAAUGCGAGAUUGUCUAUCUGCCGUAUAUUCAGAGAUAUGUACGGUUUGAGGAUACAUGCGCGGCGUGCACCACGAACUGGGAUAAAAAGCAACACCACAUCGAUAUCUGGAUUGAAUCAACGGAGUUUGAUGAAAGUGGAAAGGUGCUGGGCUGCGAGGAUACUUUGACGCCAAAACAUGGGAUUCGAGUGGUUCGGAAUCCAGGGGAGAAGCUUAGGGUUGUUGGUAUGUCUCCGGGCACCGCAUACAGGAGGUAG